CCCCGGCUAACAGAGCUGUGUGAGUGCAUGUGUGCUCCAGAGCUUUCCUUGGCACACAAUAUAUAAAAAAUACAAAAAAAUAUUAAAAACUUUUAAAAAUGACAAAAAAACUUUCGUUUGUAUAAUAUUUAGUGAAUCGGGAGGCCUAGAAACAUCGCAACAAUCCCGAAGGAGAAAAAAUGAUAGUUAUAACGGAUAUCUAUGAGCUCGCGGAGGCCUAGCAGUUUUACUUGAUUCGUUGGUUUCGAUAUUAUUGCGUUUUCAAACUUCAGUCGCCCCAGAGUCAAACGCUUUAGUCGGUCCUGGGACAAAUUCUUUUAAACGAUAGAAGUUAAUCCUCAUCUGCGACCGAAGAGAAAAUGAACCCCAGCGCUCCUAGUUACCCCAUGGCCUCACUGUAUGUGGGGGACCUGCACCAGGACGUGACUGAAGACAUGCUCUACGAGAAGUUCAGCCCGGCCGGGGCCAUCCUUUCCAUCCGCUGUGCAGGGACAUGAUCACCCGCAGGUCGCUCGUUUUGUUACAGAAAAUAUGUCCUCAAAGAUGGAAAAAAAAAACCCACCUGCAAAUUAAUUCUGUAGCUGAACGAGCUCUUGACACAAUGAACUUCGAUGUCAUCAAGGGCAGACCUGUCCGCAUUAUGUGGUCUCAGCGUGAUCCCUCUUUGAGGAAGAGUGGUGUUGGAAACAUCUUUAUCAAGAACCUGGACAAGUCUAUUGAUAACAAAGCCCUUUAUGACACCUUGAGUGGGGGUUCAAUCUUCAGCUGCAAGGUUUUUUGCGAUGAGAAUGGCUCAAAGGCGUAUGGUUUUGUGCACUUUGAGACCCAGGAAGCAGCUGAAAGAUCCAUUGAGAAAAUGAACGGCAUGUUACUGAAUGACCGAAAAGUGUUUGUUGGACACUUUAAAUCUUGCAAAGAGAGGGAGGCUGAGCUCGGAGCAAGAGCCAAAGAAUUUACCAAUGUAUACAUUAAAAACUUUGGGGAAGAUAUGGAUGAGGACAAACUCAAAGACAUCUUCAGCAAAUAUGGUACUGCUAUGAGCACCCAUGUCAUGACUGAUGAAAGCGGAAAAUCCAGAGGCUUUGGAUUUGUUAGUUUUGAGAGGCAUGAAGAUGCCCAAAUGGCUGUGGAUGAAAUGAAUGGUAAAGAGCUAAAUGGAAAACUCAUCUACGUGGGUCGUGCUCAGAAGAAAGUGGAACGUCAGACUGAGCUCAAGCGCAAGUUUGAACAGAUGAAGCAGGAUCGCAUGACUCGCUACCAGGGCGUCAAUCUCUAUGUGAAGAACUUAGAUGAUGCUAUUGAUGAUGAGCGUCUCCGUAAAGAGUUCUCUCCCUUUGGUACAAUCACCAGUGCCAAGGUCAUGAUGUGCGGCGGUCGCAGUAAAGGCUUCGGUUUUGUCUGUUUCUCUUCACCUGAGGAAGCCACUAAGGCAGUGACUGGGAUGAAUGGCCUUAUUGUGGCCACUAAGCCGCUGUACGUGGCUCUGGCUCAGUGUGAAGAGGAACGGCAGGCCCAUCUCACCAACCAGUACAUGCAGAGGAUGGCCAGUGUCCGUGCAGUGCCAAAUCCUGUUAUCAACCCCUAUCAACCAGCACCACCAUCAGCUGCUCAGACUAUGAGUCCACGGGCCACAAUUGCAACAACCACAGCAGCUGCGCCUCAAGUGCGUGGCGUACCUCAGUACAAAUACGGAUCUAGUGCCCGCAACUCCCAGCAGCACAUGAACACACAGCCUCAGGUCAUUAUGCAGCAGCCUGCUGUGCAUGUACAAGGACAGGAGCCCCUGACUGCAUCUAUGCUCGCCGCUGCUCCACCACAGGAACAGAAGCAGAUGCUGGGUGAGCGUCUUUUCCCGCUGAUCCAGAACAUGCACCCCAGCCUGGCUGGCAAGAUCACUGGAAUGCUUCUGGAAAUCGACAACUCUGAGCUCCUCCACAUGCUGGAGUCGCCUGAGUCUUUUCGCUCCAAGGUUGAUGAGGCGGUGGCAGUAGUCCAGGCUCACCAGGCUAAAGAAGCUGCUCAGAAAACAGUGUCCAACUCUACUGGCGUGCCAAGGGGUGUUGAGCCUUGAAACUUCACCGGGAGGAAAAUGUAAACAUCGCAAAACAUCUAAAAACAAGAUUUAAAAAAGUAAUUGCAAAGAGCCAGGUCUAGAGAAGAACGUUUUAGGCCUAGUUAGGUAUUUUUUAAAAGGAAUAAAAAGUGUAAAACAGAAUAAAACAAGAAAGAAAGAAAAGUUCCACUGUAUCGAGAAAACAGCCGUAAAGCAUUCCUGCUUUGUUUUAUUUGCUGUUAAAAACAGGCUGUGUCAUGUUCUUUGAAAGGAGGUGGGAACUGAUAACCAUCAAUGUGAAAUUUAUCUUAAAUGAAAAAUGAGCUUGCUGAAAUAAAGUUAAUUAAAACUCAAAAGAGUGAGUGUCUGUC